AUGGAUAUGGUAGAUUUUUUCAAAGCUUUCGAUUGUGUAAAGUGGGAUUUACUCCUCAUCCUCCUCAAAGCCAGAGGCUUCAGUGACAUAUGGUGCACCUGGAUUCUCAAUAUCCUAUCCUCAGCUAAGUCUGCUGUCUUAGUUAAUGGUUCACCUACCGCUUUCUUUCGAUGUCAUCGGGGUCUUAAACAGGGUGACCCCUUCUCCCCCCUCUUAUUCUUGCUGAUAGUAGAUGUCAUGAGCAAGAUGAUCUCUGCCAGUGCUCUCUCUGGAGAUCUCUUUGACCUCAAACUGAAAGGGGAACUAAAUAAUAUUAGAACCCUUCAGUUUGCAGACGACACCCUCAUCUUUUGUAGAGCCACACGUAAAGACAUUCAUACUCUCAAAACCAUCCUCCAUAUUUUUGGUCUUAUCUCUGGCCUAUCCAUGAACCAGUCCAAAACUCAUCUCCACUAUCUCGGUAGAAUUCCCAACAAGGUUAUUAAAGAUAUUUGGUCUUUGAUCGCCCCCAACCACCAUCCUGACGUAUGGCCGCAAGAUAUGUCUGUGCUUCUUUCUGGGUCUCUUGAUCAUUCCAUUGACUAUCGUAUCAGAUGCAUAUGGAGAGUUUUACUACCUAGCUGCUGCUGGAGAAUUUGGUUUAGCAGAAACAAUAAGAUUUUUAAUGGUGUAGUUUCUUCUCCAUUGAUCAUUGCAUCUCAUAUUGCACAUUUCAUCUUGUUCUGGACAGGAGCAACAUCGAGCAGAAGGGCAACAAAAAUGCACAAAGUGGCGAUCAGUCUCGGUCUGAAGGAAUUAGCCAAAGUUGCCAAGGAUGAUGGAGUUGGUGCCAACUUCUAA